CAAGAACGUCUACGAAAAAAAAAAACAUGUUUCCCACACAUAAGUGACACAUUUUAGCUCCAAAAUUCUUGGAACAGGUAAAAUUUGGCGACCCAUUCUCUCUGCUUGCAACAUUGACUCAGCCAUGGCCAUAGCCAUAGAGAUCACUUACAUGAAAGCUUAUAAGAAAUAACUUUACUCACGAAACCCGGCCCACGAUGGUGAACCAGAAUGCCAUGACCAACAAGCUCACACAAGAAACUCGGAAGAAGAAUUUGCGGUAGCAACACGCAACGCGCAAGUUAGCCUCUGGCCCCAUCAACUAACUACAUCUACAUUACAUAACAACAUAUGAUAUGAACACACUCAAGAUAACGCCGAGACUUCUCUCUCCAUCUAUAGUCUUACUCUGUCACCCCUUUCCUUGUUCCCUCUCUCUAAAAUUUUCCUAAAUUAAAACAUCACCGUUACGUUACAAUUUUUUUUUUGUCCAGCCCCAUAUAAUACAAAUUACAUUACAAUUUGUCUUACCCAAAAAAAAAAAAAUGUUUACGUUUCUCUUCUGAACUUCUCUCUCUCAGAGAGAUCCCCCUUUUUUGUUCUUUCUCUGCUCAUUCGAUCUUCUCGAUCAGGUUCUCCGACAUUCUCGCGCCCAAUUCUUUAACUUUCUUUGACCCUCUUCGCGUGUCUCUCCACGAAAUUCGGCCUCGCGCUCUCGCUUCUUCGUUUGCUCUGUUUUUCUCGGAAUUUCAAUUCGGGAUUAGGGUUUAUGGGGUGUCUCGCGCGUUUGGCCUCGUGAGUGUAAUUUUCCUUUCUGGGGUUCUACAAGUUACGAUUUUAACAUCAUUCGCGGCUUCAAUUUAAUGCGGGUAUCGUGAUUUGUUCCCCGCAGCGCGAACCAUGAUUAUCAAACGGAAUUUGAAAUCCCAAAUGCCGAGUCUGAAACGGGUCAAACUCGGUGACUCGGUGGGCGAGAAUGAUGAGUGUUCUUAUGCUCGUAAGAAGAGAAAGACCAACAACGGUUACUACCCUUUGAACCUUCUCGGCGACGUGGCCGCCGGCGUGAUUCCGGUGAGUUUUCACGGGCUGCUCGGUGCCGCCGGCGUGGUGGAGAAGGGGUUCUCUGCGGCAUGGUGCAACGGAGUGGAAUCGAACGUGAAAAACGAAGUUGUCGUGGAAGUGAAGAAGAAGAACGAGGUACAGCGGCCACCGCUGGUUAGAACUUCGAGGGGGAGAGUUCAGGUUCUCCCUUCGCGGUUCAAUGAUUCGGUUAUUGAUAAUUGGAGGAAGGAGAGCAAGAGUAGUAGUGGUGGCUUGCGUGAUUGUGAUUAUGAUGAAGAAUUUGAAUGCAAGAAGGAGAAGUUCAGCUUCAAGGCACCCAAGGUUUGCAAUAAUAAUCAGAAGAAAGGGAAAAGCGAGGAGAAAACGGGUUCUAAGGCUCGUAAGUACUCGGCAUUGUGUAAUAGUUUUGAGAGGAGCAAGUGUUUGAGUUCGCCUGGUGAUGGUUCAUUGGCCUUGAGGCACAGCGGGGCAGCCGCGGUUGAAGAGGAUGAUGAGAAGGGAAGGUUUUUGGAGGUGGAAAAGGUUGGUUUGAUGGGUUUGAAGGAGAAGAGAAAUGGGUUGUUUGGGCCAGAAGAUUUUUAUGCAGGUGAUAUAGUGUGGGCCAAAGCUGGGAGAAAGGAACCUUUUUGGCCAGCCAUUGUUAUUGAUCCUAUGACUCAGGCACCUGAGUUGGUUCUCAGGUCUUGUAUAGCUGAUGCAGCUUGUGUAAUGUUUUUAGGGUAUGCGGGGAAUGAGGAUCAAAGGGACUAUGCAUGGGUGAACCAUGGGAUGAUUUUUCCAUUUAUGGAUUAUGUGGACAGGUUUCAGGGGCAGUCUGAGUUGAGUUACUAUACUCCUUCUGACUUCCAAAUGGCGAUAGAGGAGGCAUUUUUGGCGGAGAGGGGUUUCACAGAGAAGUUGAUAGCAGAUAUAAAUACAGCAGCUAGUAGCAAUGGUUAUGAUGAUUCUAUUCUGAAAGCUUUUCAGAAGGUCAGUGGUUCAAACCAAUAUGCAGGAUAUCAUUUUCUGAACCAGGAUUUAUUUGAUAAGAAAGAAACACGGCCCUGUGAAGCCUGUGGGUUGAGCCUUCCUUACAAGAUGUUAAAGAAAACAAAGGAUUCAAGUCCCGGUGGGCAAUUCCUAUGUAGAACAUGUGCUAGGCUAACAAAAUCAAAGCAUUAUUGUGGCAUAUGCAAGAAGGUUUGGAACCAUUCAGAUAGUGGAAGUUGGGUGCGCUGUGAUGGAUGCAAAGUGUGGGUGCAUGCAGAAUGUGACAAAAUUUCUAGCAACCUUUUCAAGAAUCUUGAAGGCACUGAUUAUUACUGCCCUACUUGCAAAGCCAAGUUUGAUUUUGAGUUAUCUGAUUCAGAAAAACCACAGCCAAAAGUGAAGUGGAGCAAAAACAAUGGGCAGCUAGUGCUUCCAAAUAGGGUCACUGUUCUGUGCAAUGGUGUAGAAGGCACAUAUUUCCCAAGCCUUCAUUCAGUUGUGUGCAAGUGUGGGUUUUGUGGGACAGAAAAGCAAGCACUUAGUGAAUGGGAACGACACACAGGUUCCAAAUUAAGAAAUUGGAGAACAAGUAUUAGGGUGAAAGACUCCAUGCUACCUCUGGAACAAUGGAUGCUGCAGUUGGCAGAAUUUCAUGCUACUGCUCAGGUUCCUGCCAAACCUAAGAAACCUUCUCUAAAAGAAAGAAAGCAGAAGUUGCUUACCUUCUUGCAAGAGAAGUAUGAACCUGUUCAUGCUAAGUGGACUACAGAACGCUGUGCUGUUUGUAGAUGGGUUGAAGACUGGGACUACAACAAAAUUAUCAUUUGCAACAGAUGUCAAAUAGCAGUUCAUCAAGAAUGCUAUGGAGCAAGAAAUGUCCGAGAUUUUACAUCUUGGGUUUGUAAGGCUUGUGAAACACCUGACAUCAAGCGGGAGUGUUGUCUUUGUCCUGUAAAAGGUGGUGCUCUAAAGCCGACUGAUGUUGACACAUUGUGGGUUCAUGUCACUUGUGCUUGGUUUCGACCUGAAGUCUCUUUUGCUAGUGAUGAGAAGAUGGAGCCUGCUUUGGGUAUUCUAAGUAUUCCAUCAAAUUCUUUUGUAAAGAUUUGUGUUAUUUGUAAGCAAAUUCAUGGUUCGUGUACACAAUGUUGCAAGUGUUCUACUUAUUUCCAUGCCAUGUGUGCUUCAAGGGCCGGUUAUCGAAUGGAGUUGCAUUGUUUGGAGAAAAAUGGCAAGCAGACAACAAAAAUGGUCUCGUAUUGUGCUUAUCACAGGGCUCCCAACCCAGAUACAGUUUUGAUUAUGCAAACCCCUCUUGGGGUCAUUUCAACUAAAAGCCUUCUCCAAACUAAGAAAAAAAGUGGUUCGAGGCUAAUCUCAUCCAACAGAAGAAAGCAAGAUGACACUCCUGUUGAUAACACUGAGCAUGAGCCAUUUUCUGCUGCUAGAUGCCGUAUCUUUCAAAGAACAAACCAUACCAAAAAGAGAGCAGCAGAUGAAGCCGUUUCUCAUCGUGUGAGGGGUCCCUAUCAUCAUCCUUUAGAUGCAAUAGAGAGUUUAAAUACACACAGAGUAGUACACGAACCUCAGGCAUUUUCUUCUUUCAGAGAACGCCUAUACCACUUGCAGAGAACCGAAAAUGAUCGGGUUUGCUUUGGUAGAUCAGGCAUACACGGAUGGGGCCUCUUUGCACGUAGAAAUAUUCAAGAAGGAGACAUGGUUCUUGAAUAUCGUGGUGAACAAGUGAGGCGCAGCAUUGCAGAUUUGAGGGAGGCACGCUAUAGAUUAGAAGGGAAAGACUGCUACCUGUUUAAGAUAAGUGAAGAAGUGGUGGUAGAUGCCACUGAUAAAGGGAAUAUAGCUCGGCUGAUUAAUCAUUCUUGUAUGCCAAAUUGCUAUGCCAGGAUCAUGAGUGUUGGUGACGACGAGAGCCGGAUUGUACUCAUUGCUAAGACUAACGUGGUUGCCGGUGAUGAGUUAACGUAUGACUACUUGUUUGAUCCUGAUGAGCCAGAGGAAAACAAAGUCCCGUGCCUAUGUAAAGCUCCAAACUGCCGGAAAUACAUGAAUUAGGAAGGAUUAUACAAAUGAAAUGAAAAUCAGAUGACAAGACUCAAGAGUAUUGUUUCUUCUCCGCAAGGAGCACUAACCCCCCAUCCCCUCUUCUGCAGGGAAUCAACAGUUACACCAAAGCUGUAUUUUUUAUCAAACCAAAAGAAGAGAAAAAAAAAAAAAAGGCAUAGUUUAGCGUUUUUCUUUUACCCUUUUGGUUUCCUUUAGACAUUCAUCGAAUUUUAAUAAAAGCUAGAUUUGGUAGCUUUUUGGCUCUUGGCGGCUCUGUAAAUGAAUCACCCCAUAUUACUCAUUUUCUUCCAUUUAAUGUUAACCGAUUUCUUUCCCUUCA